AGUGAAUGCUCUUCCAUCACCACAGAGAUGGUGACAAGCAAGGGUGACAAACAGGUGCCAAGUUCCAGGGAACUAGUGAGAAUGUCUCAACCUGCUACCCUAGCUUCUCUACAAGUCACCUUUCUUAUGCUAUUUCUCUGCUGGGAUGCACUUAUUUCGGCACUGCCCAUUGGUCCUGAUUACUUGCAACGUGGCUGGCAGAGGCUUCUAGAGGAGGGGGAGAGUUGUGUGGCAUGUAGAUUGGAAGAAUGCCCCACUCCUCGUGGUUGCCUGGCUGGAGUGGUCCUGGAUGCCUGUGACUGUUGUUGGGAAUGUGCAAAUCUAGAGGGACAGAUCUGUGACCUGGACCAUACCAACCAUUUCUACGGCAAAUGCGGGGAUCAUUUAGAGUGCCGUCUUGAUUCGGAAGACCUGCAACAUGGAGAGGUGCCUGAGCCCCAGUGCACUUGUUUAUCUAACCAAGCUCUUUGUGGCUCUGAUGGCAAAACAUAUGCUCAGAUCUGCAAGUUCCAAGAGGUGUUUAAUUCCAACCCUGAGGCUAAUCUCACUGUAGCUCAUGAAGGACCUUGUGAAUCAGAGCCCCUUAUUGUAUCUCCUCCUUAUGAUAUCUGGAACACCACUGGGCAAGAUGUGAUCUUUGGCUGUGAGGUCUUUGCAUUUCCCAUGGCUUCUAUUGAAUGGAGGAAGGACGGUCUGGAUAUGCUGCUUCCUGGAGAUGACCCCCACAUUUCAGUUCAGUUUAGGGGAGGUCCUCAGAAGUAUGAGGUAACCAGCUGGCUUCAAAUCCAAGCUGUGCGGUCGACUGAUGAAGGAACGUAUCAUUGUUACGCAAGAAACAGUGUUGGGCAAGUGGCAGCUCCUGCCAGCCUUAUGGUCCUUACUCCUGAUCAACUGAACUUAACCUCACUGGCUCUGCCCAAGGGGCCCAACCUGGGAUCAAAUGAUGACUGGGGGAGUGAUGAAUUGUAUGAUUAUUACUGAGAAGGGCAUAUAGAGGGCAGCACUCAUAAUGCAGGGUUAUUUGUAUUCUUUCCCAUUUGAACAUUUAUUU